AUGAUGGCAAACGGAAUGGACACUGUUGUGCAACAGAAUGGAGGCUCGAACCUCGGUCAGUCCUCCCAAGAGGAGUCCAAGACGAAUCUUAUCGUCAACUACCUCCCACAGACGAUGACACAGGAGGAAAUUCGCUCUCUGUUCUCCAGCAUUGGAGAGGUCGAGAGUUGCAAGCUCAUCCGCGACAAAGUCACUGACUCCACUGCGGCUUUAUCGCUUGCCGGAGAUAUGUUAUCCCCGGGACAAUUUUCUUUUGGACAAAGUUUGGGGUAUGGAUUUGUUAAUUACCAUCGGCCGGAGGAUGCUGAGAAAGCGAUCAACACUCUAAAUGGUCUUCGACUACAAAAUAAAACAAUCAAGGUGUCGUACGCAAGGCCGAGUAGCGAAGCAAUUAAGGGUGCUAAUUUGUACGUGAGCGGUUUACCAAAAAAUAUGGCGCAGCAGGACCUCGAAAACUUGUUCAGUCCUUACGGAAGAAUAAUAACGUCGCGAAUCCUUUGCGAUAACAUCACUGUACGACAGUUUGUGACUGGCGGUGGAGACAAUUUACCCGGCCUUUCGAAAGGUGUCGGCUUCAUAAGAUUCGACCAACGUGUGGAGGCUGAGCGCGCGAUCCAGGAGCUCAACGGGACCAUCCCCAAGGGGUCAACCGAGCCGAUCACUGUCAAGUUCGCCAACAACCCGAGCAACAACAACAAGGCCAUUCCACCGAUCGCAGCCUACCUGGCGCCACAAGCGAGUCGCCGUUUCGGCGGCCCUAUCCACCAUCCGACCGGCCGCUUCAGGUACAUUCCACUGUCGCCACUAUCCAGCACUGGCAAGGCCAUGCUUGCCAUUAACAAAGGCUUACAGAGGUACAGUCCCUUGGCAGGAGACCUUUUGACAAACUCGAUGCUACCAGGGAACCCAAUAAACGGUAGCGGAUGGUGCAUCUUCGUGUACAACCUAGCUCCAGAAACCGAGGAAAACGUGCUCUGGCAAUUAUUCGGGCCGUUCGGCGCCGUACAGUCCGUGAAAGUGAUCCGCGACCUUCAAACCAACAAGUGCAAGGGCUUCGGGUUCGUCACCAUGACGAACUACGAGGAAGCAGUAGUCGCAAUCCAAAGCCUGAACGGCUAUAACCUGGGCACCCGCGUGCUCCAAGUAAGUUUCAAGACCAACAAGAGCAAGACGGCGUAG